CUUGGUGAAUCAUACUUCUACGUGAUAACCGGUAAAACGUGAUGAAUAACAAGAGACUGAUACCAGAUCGAAGUCGAAUAAUAUAAUCAAUCACGACAGAUGUAAUUUAUCAAUGUUUAACGAUAAAUUUCAGAUCUGAGCUGGAAAGUUCUUGAUGGCAACCACACAAGCGAUUAGAAACUGUGAUUAAAUAUGAGUCACAAGUGGUCUUGAUAUCGGUGGAAGAACCAGUUUCAUCAACUGUCAGACUUUUGUUUUUCAUCUAAGGUGAAUUGUUUAAUUCGAUGAAAUCACGACGAUUUUCAUACGUUUAUUCUAACAACACGUAUAAACCAUGACGGGUGACGUAAAUCCUUUAGAUUUAUACAAUAUGCAGGGUAGACAGGAUUGUACAUUGACUGCAAUAUCUAUAGCUGUAUACUUAUCAGUAAGUGUAUGCCUAGGUUUCUUGCCUAUCGUUCCGAUAGAUAAAUCAUCAGAAUUUCAAAGGAGCGUAUACCUAUCCAAGCCACCCUUAUAAUGUCUAUGAUUUUUGCCCCGGUAGAAAACACCUGCACGUACACGUAUUUCGAUUUUUUUUGAAGACUAAGAUUUGAGACCCAAUAACAGUAGUACGAAAAACAAGUUUCCGAUAAGUGAAGCGGAAAAAGCUUCGAGUCGCAGGUGUCAUUCCGAAGUGGAUCGUUGCCGAAUUGUAAGAAUCAUUUGGAUAUUUGAAGUAAAGAGGAUUUGCCUAAGACAAAGUCCUUUGCUUUCAAAUUGAUUUUAACUUAAUCUCGUAUCUAUGAUAAUACGUUAAUCACCGUUCGAGGGUUUUCAGUUUAUUCCAAGGAAUCAUGAUUUCUUGCGUGGGCUGAUAGCUGAUCGAUAUACCGAACGCAAUAAACGGUCAUUCCAUCAGCCAGAUUGAAAUUAUGCAACGGCGAAAUUGACGAGUGCACGUCAAGCUCUGGGGGUGUAUUUAUGCAAAUGUGCAUAAGUAAUCCUGGUGGAAGCGGCGUUUUGUAACUAGAGCUUGUUAUAAGGUUGAUAAUUCCCACACUCUACCCCGAAGUCGGGCUCAUUGGAAAUUGGAAAGUUAUCGGGAAACCGCACGCGAAAAUUGUCCCAACAGCCGAAAUGACUCUUCUUCUUUUCGUCCUAUUAAUGGGAACGAUUUUUUGGCCUUCGAUGAGCGAAAAAAUUCCCGUGGCAAAUUUUUUAAAGGACUAUUUCGCGGAGAAAUUCAUUCAUCAAGUCACGGUGUUCACCUGCUGGAAUAGUUUCGAGAGCGUAAAAUUAUAUCGGGAGCUGAUGAAUUCCGGAUUAAAAACUGGAUUCGUUUCAAUUCCCAACGAUAACUUGGACAUGCAUCGAAUUUUGACCGUAAACUACUACAAACUUGGUGUCGUCCUGGACUUGGAUUGUCCGAGAAGUAAUCAAGUUUUUGAACAGUUUGUCGGCCAAAAUAUUCCGUUCAACGAAUCGUAUUUUUGGCUUCUCCUUACCAAGAAACCUGCACCGAAGCCUUUGCUUCGUAAAUUGCCACUUACAAUAGCGACAGAAAUGGUAAUCGCCGUAGAGGAUGCAGUUGAAAAUAUUUUCGAACUCUUUGACGUUUAUAAUCCAAGUUAUCGACACGGAGGUGCACUCAAUGUUACUUAUAUAGGGCAGUGGGGCCCGGAGCAAGGUCUGACCCUGAGAUUUAAUCAGUACAAGUACAAACGACGUGGUAAUCUUCAUGGACUUUCCCUCAACGCCUCCAUCGUUCUUACUCAUAAUCCAACACCAGAUUUUAUGACGUACAUAUCGAAUCCCAUUAACCGACACGUUGACACUAUGCAUCGUUUCAAUUACGCCUUGGUUUGUCAACUGCGUGAUUACUAUAAUUUCAAGAUAAACCUUCUGAAUGCCACUUCAUGGGGGUACCUUAUAAAUGGGACAUUCGAUGGAAUGUUGGGUGACAUGAUCGCAGGACGAGUCGAUCUUGGCGCAACACCAUUGCAAUUUAAAGAAGAGCGUAUCGACGUGGCCGAAUAUACGGUACAGACGUAUGUGGCAAGACCUGUUAUCAUUUUUCGUCAUCCAAAGCAAGCUUCUAUACGUAACGGAUUUCUCCGGCCAUUCGCCCAAGAAAUUUGGAUAAUAACUUUGGCGAUGACCGUAAUGUGCUGGUUGUUGUUGUGGACCACGGUCCGGUUCGAUCUUUUAUUAAAUCAACGCACUCCCGAAACUACCCUCGAAAUUCAACCUUGUUCGGAGUCGGCUUUGAUCGUCUUGUCCGCCUUGUACCAGCAGGGACUAACGGAAGGGCCGCGCUUUUACUCCGGACGUAUCGUUUUCAUUUUCGUUUUCAUCUGGGGAUUGCUUCUCUAUCAAUUUUAUUCGGCAAGUAUCGUUGGUUCCCUUCUCGCUGAACCUCCUCGAUACAUAAACAAUUUGAAAGCACUUCUGGAUAGUGAUUUGCAGUUGGGAAUCGAAGAUAUUGCCUACAACUACGACUACUUCGCGACUACCAAUGACCCAGUUGGCAUAGAACUCCACAAACGCAAAGUAUUGCCUUUUGUAAAUCGUCCAGGCAGGAGAUCUGCUUACCUUGACCCACGCGAGGGUCUUCGAAGGGUCCAAAAGGGCGGAUUCGCUUUUCAAGUAGACAGCGGAACCGCAUACAAAAUUAUCACGGAUACCUUUACCGAGGACCAAAUAUGCGAUCUCACCGAGGUAGAAUUAUUUCCUCCAAAACACACGGCCACGGUAACGAGCAAACAUUCGCCCUUCAAGAAGAUGGUCACUUACGGGAUGCGGCAGAUCAUGGAACGUGGAAUGGGCGAUCGUUUGCGUCAAGUGUGGAAUUAUCGUAAGCCAAAAUGUCCAGAGAGUCACAGCUCGAUUCCGACGCCCGUAUCCCUCGAGGAUUUUUCUCCAGCCUUAUUUUUACUCAGCUUCGGUCUGUCGAUAGCCGGUGCCGUCCUAUACGUCGAAAAAUACGGAGGCUUCGGGACCUGCAAAAUAUAUAAUCGGCGUAUCGCUCAAUUUCGAUUUUUAUUAGUACCUGCAAGUGGAAUUUGGAAAAAAAUGCGGCUACGUAUUUUCAUCAGCUUUAUGUUCGUGACGCAAAUUCGAGCUUCGAUGAAUUCCGACGAUCUUGGAGAAUUCAUCCUGGAUUACAUCGAAUAUAAAAACGCCAGUCGAUUGCUUUCAGCUUUUCUCUGCCAAAGAGAUUUUGACACUUUGACCUUGAGUCGAAAAUUGGCGAAUGCUUCUGUCAGCUCCGUGCUCUCAGAUCCACUUUUCAUUUCAUCGAAUAAAAAAGAAAUAAAGAGUAUAUUAAACUUCAGCUAUCGCAGGUUGAACGUCGUGGCGGACCUGGAGUGCCACGAUACUGAAAAAUUGAUAAUGCAGGCCUCCUGUAAUAAAAUGUUCAACCAUUCGUACGUUUGGUUGUUAAUCGGUAACAAUGAAAGUUACGCCGUAGAAUUAAUGACCAAGUUGAACUUGAGCGUCGACGCCGACAUCGUUUUAGCGAUUGCGUCGGAAGGAGCAUUGGAGUUGUACGAUGUGUAUAACACCGGAAGCGAUCGAAAUGGAAAUCUUAAUGUAACUUUUAUCGGCACAUGGAGUACGUCCGAAGGUUUGGACGUAAUUGAUCUUCAAAGUUUUGUCUAUCGGCGCCAAAAUCUUACUGGGAUUACUCUGAAAUUUGCUACAGUUACCGCCUACAUGAACCCCGAUGAACGUGAUUUGAAUAAGUAUCUUUCCGAUCUCGCGAAUAAGACCUACGACAAUAUAUCGAAAUUUAGCUACGCUCUUAGCGGAAUCCCUCGAAAUUUCUUCAACUACUCGGUGGAAAUAUCCACUUGGCAUGACUACGGCGGUCGUUGGAAUGGACCUUAUUUUGGGAUGAUGGGCGCCUUGGGACGAGGGGAAGCCGAUUUCACCCUCGGCGGUACCGUUAUUACCGAAGAACGAUUGGAAUACUGCACACCUGUCGUACAAAACUACCCCUUCUGGACCGGAUUUCUUUUCAAACAUCCCAAGAGCCAUUCGAUUAGAAAUGCGUUUCUGGUACCACUGGCACCGUCGACAUGGAACGCGGUUAUCGUUACAUCGAUGCUCUUCAUCUUAACGAUUUCUUUAGUAAUGUAUCGCGAGAGGAAAAGCUAUGAAAACCCAUGGAGCUUCGGAGUUUGUAUAACCUUGGCAACUUUGCUGCAACAGGGUUGGUCAAUUUCACCGCCAGGAUACAGCGGGCGUAUCCUUUUCUUCGUUUUCAUGGUGUUCAGCAUGUUGCUCUACAAUUUUUACAGCGCUUCGGUGGUUUCCUCUUUAUUAUCGGAUCCCCCGCAGAAUAUUCGGACCAUGGCCGAUUUGUUGGACAGCGGAAUUCCAGCCGCCUUCGAGAACGUCUCUUACGUCCCUCAUUAUUUCGAGAUUUCAACCGUCCCGGCGGAAAAGAGCUUUUGGGAGAAACGUUUGCUGGACAAAGGAAUACCGAAGGUCCUUCCACGUCCCGAGGGUAUCCUGCGCGUGAAGGAUGGAGGCUUCGCCUAUCACACUACUCCUAACGAUGCCUAUGAAAAAAUUUCUCAGGAGUUUAGUCAGCCGGAAAUAUGCAGUUUGGCAGAAAUCACGUUCAUCAGAAGGUCCAUCCUUGCGCUCUGGGGUACACGUGAAAAUCCCUACACGGAACAUCUGAGGAUCAUACAUCGGCGCCUGGAGGAAGUCGGGAUUUUGGCGAGGGAACAGAAACGCUGGUUCGCUUCAAAACCCGAAUGCCUAGCGGGCGUAACUACUCUAAAUAGUAUCACUCUUGCCGAUGUAGCUCCAGCAUUUUUAGCCCUAUUAAUGGGCACCUUACUGGCUCUAGUUAUUCUAGCAGUCGAACGAGCUCAUUAUUUCAUGGUGAAAAAUAACCGAUAAUAAUUACUGUGAAAAGUGCACAAUUGUACGCCACACGCGCGGACGAUCGACUAUGGUAAAAUAAAUUCAGAAAAAUAUUCCCAUAUCCCACUCGGAUUAUAAUUGUCGGACAUGAAUUUUCAUUCGCGUUUCUCCGUUCUCUCCGCGCUGAAUAAAUCAAGGAUUCGGAUCCAGCGCUGAAUGAACAUUCAUAGGUAUUUUGAGAAAACAAAAAUUCCAUUCUCUGCAAGGCAGAUACGCGAGGUUUUUUUUUACGCGAAAAAAAAAAAAAGCAUUUUGAAAAAUAUGCAUUUAUUCAUCGGAAAUAUCACCGUGAUGUAACAGGCUUUGGAUUCAGGUCGCUCACCGGGUGUCCUUGGCCUUCCUCAAGAGAUAAGUCAAGGUUCAUUGGGUACAUUUAUAUUAUCAUGUCACUAAUUGAUUCCGUACAGCAUUAGAAUAGCGAUAUGUCCGCAUGUAUAUUCGCAUUAUUCGGGCGGGCGUCACGCGCGCGAAAUGCCAUGCGAUCGAAGACAAUGUUUGCUUACCAAUUAUUACGAUAAGUAUGAUUUCUCAAUCAGCGUAAGAGGAAAUGAAAUCGGUAUGGUCAACUCGCUAAUUCACGACCGCGCUUACCGUACGAAACUUUUGGUAAAAUAUUCUUUCGACUAACGUCUUCCCAGGAAUGAGCUGGCUUCGGCAUCAUCUUGAAAAGUCAGCAUUGGAAUCCUCGGAAAAGAUUUCUUACUUUUAUUUGUGAGAAGGUAAUACGAAUAAGAAAUGGAAUUCACCUGCUUAUACAUCCCGACGCUCACCGUCGGUUGAAUCGGUCA